CUAGCUUCUAGGUACCUCAUCUCCCCUCCAAGGCUGUUGCGCGCACUACACAAAUCUUUUUCCUCGUUCAAGCUUUGCUUACCUGGGCAAACCUCCUUCUAGACUCUACCAAAUUCCACGCGAACUCACGACCUUUCUUCUUUCCAAAGCCACGUACCCACCCUCCGCGAUCUAUACUCCUCCAACCCCAUUUCAUCUUCACAUCCUUGAAUCACCCAGAAACCAUGGCGGAUAUCGAUAUGACUGAUGCUCCCUCGGGAUCUUCUGCACCCGCUAAGAAAGUUCUUGGAAAGGUCAAGGCGGGCGGAGAAGGUGGCGCAGAUGGCAAGAAGAGAUUCGAGGUUAAGAAGUGGAAUGCUGUAGCUUUGUGGGCCUGGGAUAUCGUCGUUGAUAACUGUGCUAUCUGCAGAAACCAUAUCAUGGAUCUUUGCAUUGAAUGUCAAGCCAACCAAGCUUCUGCUACUAGUGAAGAGUGCACUGUGGCCUGGGGAAUCUGCAACCACGCUUUCCACUUCCACUGCAUUUCCCGUUGGUUGAAGACUCGUCAGGUAUGCCCGCUCGACAAUAGAGAUUGGGAAUUCCAAAAGUAUGGUCGUUAGAUCCCCCCACACGAUAAUACGAAGAAAUGAUACUACGGAUACGGUUAUGACGGCGGUCGCUUUGGCAAGACUUGUGGUCAGGAACAGCGAAUGGAGCCUAGAGGCUUUUGCAGUGGCUUUUUAUGCAUAAAGGCGUACACGGGUAGCUUCCAAGACGGCGUUUCUGGGAGAGCCCCAUAUGCUACCGGUCUUUGCAGACCAGUCAUGAAUGAAAAAAAUAUCAACGUCCAUUGUUUUGGUA